CCUGAAACCAAAUUUGGGGCUGAUUAGGGAUCAGAAAGUGAAUGCUAGCAAUUGCCGGUAGUGUAACCGCCAAAUAGACACGACUUAAGUAACGCGGAACCUCUGUGCGCAGUCAGUAUUUGCUUCACGGACAUAAAAACGAUUGCAACAAACGAAGAUAAGAUGUAUUUCUUUUUGUACUCUAGUUGUAUUGGAGAAAAUGCUCAGAUUAGUCACUCAUAGUGGACGUGUUGUUAGUUUUUGGAGAUUUUGGUGAGUUUUGGACUCUUUGUUGCUGCUAUGGGAGUUCACGGACUGUGGAGGCUUCUGGAGAGCACAGGGAAGCCCAUCAACCCUGAGACACUGGAGGGGAAGAUCCUUGCUGUUGACAUCAGUAUAUGGCUGAACCAGGCAGUGAAGGGGGUGAGGGACCGUGAAGGCAACAGUGUCCAGAAUGCACAUCUUCUCACUCUCUUCCACCGCAUCUGUAAGCUGCUCUUCUUCCGCAUCAGGCCGGUGUUUGUGUUUGAUGGGGACGCCCCGUUGCUGAAGAAGCAGACCCUGGCUCUGAGGAGGCAGAGGAAGGAGGAGUUGACCCAUGAGUCCAAACAGAGCAAUGAGAAGCUUCUCAAGACAUUCCUGAAGAGACAAGCUAUCAAAGCUGCACUUGGAGAUCACAGUAAGGAUCCUCUACCCAGCCUCUCGAGUGUGAGGAGAGAUGAGGUGGACGACAUGUAUGUUCUGCCAGCCCUGCCUCCUGCAGAGGAGAAGGAUAAAAGCAGUUCAGAAGAGGAGGAACGAAGUGAAGAGGAGGAGACAGAAGACAGUUAUUAUAUGUAUCAGGGAGAACUGCUUGGAGAAACCAACUCUGUGGACAUCAACUCAGAGGAGUUUGCAAGUCUUCCUCCUGAAAUGAAACAUGAGAUCCUCAAAGACAUGAAAGAGUUCUCCAAAAGACGUCGGACCUUAAUUCACAAACCUCCAGAGCACUCGGGAGAUUUUUCCCAGUACCAGUUAGCCGGCCUGCUGCAGAGGAACAAGCUGAACCAGCGUCUGGAGGGCGUAGAGAAGGAGAUGAGUCAGCGGAGUGCCGGCAGCGCUCCACAGCUUUACCAAGAGGACGGAGAUCAGCAGAGUCACAGCGUAGAGUCACAGCGACUGGUUUCAGAGGACCACUCGCAUUAUAUUCUUAUUAAAGGCUCCAACAAGAAUGACAGUGCCCCCGAGAGCCAACCUGCAGUUUCACCCUGGUCUGGGAGCUCCCUGUCAGGCUGCAGAAUUCGGGCGGCAGACAAACCCAAGCCUCUGUGGCGUCCCAUCUGUGAGGAAGACGAGGAAGUGCAGACUACCUCUUCAGAAGACUCCAAACCAUCGGUAUCAAAGCCGUCUGUGGAAGCCACAUCGCCGCCCUCGCCUCGGACACUCAAGGCCAUCCAGGCUGCUAUGAACGACAGCUCAGAUGAGGAGAAGGUGGACCGGCGUAAGGAGGAUGGUAGCGUAUCUCCUCGUACACUGCUGGCAAUCCAACAGGCUCUGAAUGACGAAGAAGAUGGAGCAGCUGAAUGCAUGACCCGAAUAAGUAGCUCACCCAUAAAAGUAAAGGCAGAUGUUCAUCAUCCUGUUCCACAAGUGUUCAUCAGCAGCUCAGAGGAAGAGACAGAACCUUCACCUAAAGGAACAUCAGAUUUUAAGAGGAACCCAGCAGGUCAAAGCUCAGAUGUCAAGGACAGUUUGUUAGUUAGCAGCUCUGAGGAUGAGAUGGAGGAAGUGAUUGGAGAGAGAAACAGAGCACUUCGCUUGGCGGCGCUGCAACAACCUCCCAGGACAGAGAUGGAGUCAGAAGAAGAGACAAAGACAGGACACCCGAUGGAGAAUUUAUGGACAAAAAAUAGGGGACAAACUGAGAAAAAAGAGAAGCUUAAUAUAAGAGAAUCAGACCACAAUCCACACAAUGCUGCUGCAUCCAGUCCAGAUACAUUAUCCAUUAAUCUCUCUCCUCAGCUAUGUGGAAAACCUGCCAGUGCAAUAACCGACAUUCAUCCUGUGACCUUAAAGCAGAGCAAUGACAAGUUAAAUGAAGCUCCAGAGGAAACAAAUGGAGAUAAUGUGAAGUCAGAGAGCAGUGAGGAGAGCGAAUCAGAAGAGAGCUUCAUUGAGGUGUCAGAGGAAGAAUUUAAAAAGGAGGAUACAGACGAUUCAGUGGUAAUAACUGGAGAGAAAGAAGCUACAGAUGAAGUCCACAAAGAUGGGAUAAAGAAGGAAGAAGAGUCGGAGGAAAGUUUGACAGAGACUCCCGGCCAACCUGCUGCUGUUCUGAAUUUAGAGGAAGACAAAAAGACACAGAAUGAAGGGCUGACGGAGGAGACAGAGACAGAAUCCAGACCAACAGAGGAAACUCCAGCGAUCAACGAAUGGGAGCACAUUGAUGUGGAUGAGCUGGAGGCUCUAGAGAGCUCUCUUCAGGUGGAACAGAGCAACCUGAGGGAGCAGAAACAGCAGCAGGAGAGGAUGGCGAACACAGUCACUGGGCAGAUGUACUUGGAAAGUCAGGAGCUACUGCGACUGUUUGGCGUGCCGUUCCUGGUGGCUCCGACGGAGGCCGAGGCUCAAUGUGCAGCGCUGGAUCGCGCCGACCAGACAAACGGGACCAUCACAGAUGACUCGGACGUCUGGCUGUUCGGAGGACGACACGUUUACAAGAACUUCUUCAGCCAGAACAAAUACGUGGAACACUACCAGUACAGUGACCUGCAGAACCAGCUGGGCCUGGACAGGACUAAAAUGAUAAACCUGGCCUACCUGCUCGGAAGCGACUACACGGAGGGCGUUCCGGGGGUCGGAUAUGUGACCGGCAUGGAGAUACUGAAUGAGUUUCCAGGGCCGGGUUUAGAGCCGCUAACACAGUUCAGUACCUGGUGGUCAGAGGCUCAGGAGAAAAAGCGUUUAGUCGCUGAUCCUCGGGAUACGAAGGUCAAGAAGAAACUGAGGGACCUAAAACUGCAGCCAGGUUUUCCCAACCCUGCGGUGGCUCAGGCUUACCUGCAACCUGCUGUCGACCAGUCGGACAGCUCCUUCAGCUGGGGACGCCCACAGCUCGACAUGAUCAAAGAGUUCUGUCUGAGUCGCUUUGGCUGGAGCAGCCGGAAAACAGAGGAGACUCUUCAGCCUGUCAUCAAGCAGCUCAACACCCAGCAGACUCAGCUCCGGAUCGACUCGUUCUUCCGCAUGGAGCAGCAGGAAAAGCAGGCGAUCCGCAGCCAGCGACUCCGCCGAGCCGUCACCUGCAUGAAAAGGAAGGAGAGAGAAGGAGGAGAGGAGGAAGAGGAGGACAGCGAGGAGGAAAAGCAUUCCCCAGCCAAAUCUAAGAAAGGGAAGCUGAAGAAAGGAGAAGGAGAGAAGGGAGAGGAGAGGGUAAUGGCAGGAGGAGGGUUUCUAGGUUCAGAGGUAAUUGUUGAAUCUCCUAAGUCUCUCAAAGAUGUCGUCAGCAGCAGCCAGGAGUCGAUCUCAGGAAAGACUUUACCUCAAUCUACUAAAACUCUACCUCAGAGGACCAGAAGCAGCAGCAGCAGCUCAGGUGAGGACAGCGAUGGCGGUCAGAAAGUUGCUAUGGUUACAGCCAGAUCUGUGUUCGAGGGCAGCCGACGAGGGCGUGGAGCGAAAUGCAUGAGAGGAAGAGGAAACAUGAGAGGAAGGGGAAGGGCGAAGAAGUUGUGAGGACUUUACAUAAACAUGAAUUGUAAUUUUUAGUGCAAAACACACUGUCAAAUGUCUCUGAAAGUAGGUUUGAUAUUUAUGGGCUUGACUGAUGAAUGUUGUAAACCACUGAUGAAAUUUCAAAUAUUUUUUGCUGUGUAGGGAUAUAUGUGUAGCAAAAUGGCAUUAUUUUUCAGAAAAUCUUUGAAGUACAUUUUCUCGUCUUGUCAUUUGUUGAAGGUGCAAAUCGUCAGCACCAUACAUCCCUUACAUUUCUUUCUGGCUAUGUUUUAUUCAUCUUUUAGGUCUGCCUUCACACAUACCCACUCUGCUUUAAACACAAACAUGUAUUUAAACUUCUGCAUAUAUUAAAUCAUCUUGGUAUUUCUGCUUUCUAUUUUAAUUCAAAUAAUAGGUGUUUUUUUCCAUCUGUCUAGCUCAAUUUAAAACCCAUCACUCCUCCUCUUCCUUCUCCCCUCAGCUGCUCGGCAUGGCAGCUGCUGCUGUCAGUCAGCCUCACUGCUUUAGACGGGGCUUUAGAGAUGCCCAGCGAGAGCUAAAAAUGUGUUGGUGAAGUUGAGGUUCGGUGGGGGCAUUGUUGGACAAGAAGUUGGGAAACACUCUAUUUGUGUGUAACUUAAAACUACAGAAGGUUGCCGGUAACAGCUUGCCAGAGAUCAGGAUCCACAGUGACCCAGUUUCAUAGGACUUCAUUCUGGACCACAAACCGAGAACCGCAGUUGGCUGAUAUAGAUCUCCUAGUUUGGGUUUUCUUGCUCUUGUUGUUGGACUCCUUCAGACGUGGAGACUCAACAGUCUGAGGGAAUGGAGGACUCCAAAACCAAAGAAGGUGAGGACUUCAAAUAAUGCCUGGCAGAAAACUCAAUCGCUUUACUGAGUGUAUGCAGAAUGGGAGCAGCAAUAAUAAGUAGCAUGCAUGCAUACAAAUUUACAUCUGAAGCAUCAGUUGAGUCAAAUUUUAGACCUUGCAAGAUGUGGCUGUUUUGAUGUAUUUUUAUUCUGCAUACAUCUCAAACAAAGCUAUGAAUUGAGCUCCCUGACCUCAUUCAACCUUUGCAUUGUCACUCUGUGGGCUGCCCUGACCUUUUCUCCAAACCAGCAUUACAUAACUGAAGUUGUGGGUCAGCUGUCAGCGCUGAGUUACAAAUGCAGCGGGAUCAGAGAGGCAUUAUGAGCCUGAUUUAUAGCGCAGAGAAUCAGAUGUUACCUACAAUGAGAUGUGAGGCAAAAACUAUAUGAUUACUCAUCGGUUUAAUUUAAGACUGUAGGACUUUAGUGCCACUUUUAGGUGAUGCGCAGCGGACAAGAUAAAUGAAACAACUGCUAAUUCUGAACAGCUGUUUUCCUGUGUAGAGGAUUAUGUAUAGCAAAAUGGCAUUAUUUUUCAUAAAAUCUUUGAAGUGGA